AUUUAUAUUUAUGCUCCAAUGCUUGAAGACUUAGAAAUAUAUGAACGUCAAACUGCAUAAUAUCAUCCUCCUGCUUGUCAAUUCACGAUUUCUGGAAUGAGGCUCAAACUAUUUUCUUAUGAAGGUGAACUGAAAAAUGAUUACUGCAUCGAUGAUGCACCCUCUCUGGCUAAUGCAGUACUGAAUUUCGGUGGAAGAGUAGUCAUAAGAGAAGACGUAAGACAUUUAGAAGCUGCUUAUCGUGCACAAAAGCUUCUCAGGGGGCUUGCAAAUACGUUGAAAGAUUUAUGGGUAUCACAUGAUACCCUUCAUGUUCUCACCUAUGCAGAAGAAUUGGCUGCUCAUCUGCCGUUGUUUCAUAAUUUGAAUAAUAUAGAAGUGUUUGAUGAGCCAAUGGAUUCUGCUUGCAGAGGGCUACUGAACAUUCUCCAAAACUCGCCUCAUCUUGAAUCUCUUCAUUUUCUGGAGCGAAUCUGCCUGUCUAAGCAUGCGGAGGAACAUGAUAGGAUUUUCGAUCCAGUGCCUGCAUGUUUCUUGACCCACCUGAAGACUGUCAAAAUCUGUUUCUUUGAUGAAUCUGAAGAAGUGCUACAUGUUGUAAAGAGCCUGCUUGAAACUGCAACAGGCUUGGAGAAAUUAUGGCUUCAAUCCAGUGGGGGAAAGAGGAUUUAUGACCUGUUAUCAGCUCAUUCUGAAGGAUUAAUGAAUUGCAAAAUAGCUUUCUACUGUUAAUUUUUAAUUAGAGC